AUGGCUCCUAUCUCCACGAAGGCGAGCUCGUGGCCCCGCAAGUCCUUGGCGCCGAUAGACCCGAGUGCAGAUUCUGUGUCUUUCCAGUGGAUUGACAUCGACAUGUACGACGGCCCUCCCCUAAAGAUGAACCCUAAGAAAGGGGCGCCUGUGCCUGGACUCAAAGCCUCAGACGACAGCAGCCAGAACGCAGCUAUUAUCCGCCUUUAUGGUGUCACUAUGGAGGGCCACAGCGUCCUCAUGCACGUACAUGGUGUUCUUCCGUAUUUCUACGCUGUCUGUCCUGAUAACUUCGACGAGAGCAAGUGUGGUGAAGUGCGGGCGGCGCUAGACGCAGCGGUGAGCCAGCGGGACCGAGACAGCAGCAGCAAUGCUCGCGUCGUGGGCGUCCAGGUCGUAAGAGACAAGAUGUCCAUCUAUGGCUACCAAUUUGACCGCAGGACGACGCUCUUCAAGAUCUUUUUGAGUAUGCCCAGCUACGUCCCCAAACUGAGGAGCGCACUGGAAGGAGGACUUACUCUUCCCGGCUGUGACUUCCGCAACUACCAGACAUACGAGAGCAAUGUGCCAUUUAUUCUCCGCUUUAUGAUCGACGAAGAGAUCAGAGGAUGCAACUGGGUGGAAGCCCCUACAGGAACAUAUUCCGUGCGCUCUGCAGCACAGAAGAAGUCGCUGUGUCAGUUGGAAAUCGACAUCACGUACGACAACCUUGUGAGCCACGCACCCGAGGGGAAAUGGGGAAAAGUGGCGCCAUUCAGGAUCUUGAGCUUUGAUAUCGAGUGUAUGGGCCGGAAGGGCCACUUCCCAGAGGCGGAGCAGGACCCAGUAAUCCAGAUCGCCAAUGUUGUGCAGGAGCAGGGCUCUCAUACGCCAAUUAUCCGCAAUGUGUUCGUGCUGGACACCUGUAAGCCUAUCGUGGGUGCUCACGUGAUGGAGUUUGAGAAGGAAGGAGAUAUGCUGGAGAGUUGGGCUCGCUUCGUGCAGGAAGUGGACCCUGAUAUCAUCACCGGCUACAAUAUCGCUAAUUUCGACAUCCCUUACGUGCUCAACCGAGGCAAAGCGCUCAAGCUGCAGAACUACAAUCUCCUGGGCCGUUUGGCGAACUCAGCGGCGUAUAUGGAGAAGAAAACCUUCAGCUCAGCGCAAUAUGGCAAGAGUGAGAACGUCAAGACGACGAUCCACGGACGCUGCAUGUUCGAUCUGCUGCCGAUCAUGCGUCGCAGUCAGAACUUGAGCUCGUACUCGCUGAAUGCCGUGAGUGCCGCGUUCCUUGGCCAACAAAAAGAAGACGUGCCUCACGGAAUCAUCAGCGACUUGCAGCGAGGAACAGAUGACGAUCGUCACCGUCUCGCAGUGUAUUGUCUGAAGGAUGCGUACCUGCCGUUGCGACUGCUGGACAAGCUUUCGUACCUCGUCAACUUCAUCGAAAUGGCUCGAGUAUCUGGCGUUCCGAUUGACUUUCUAAUUGAGCGAGGUCAGCAGAUCAAGGUGUUUUCAAUGCUUCUACGCAAGUGCAAGGACGCGUCCCUUGUUGUGCCGACGCUUCCUCGGUCGCAGAACAAUGAAGAUGUUGGAUACGAAGGUGCUACAGUUAUUGAGCCUAAGAAGGCCUUCUACUCGGUGCCUAUCGCGACGCUAGAUUUUGCCUCGCUGUAUCCGUCGAUCAUGCAGGCUUUCAACUUGUGUUACUCAACACUCGUAGCGCCUGGAGAUGUGGACAAACUGGCUCCGGGCGACUAUGAGAAAUCCCCAUCAGGUGACAUCUUCGUGACUAGCAAGAAGAAGAAGGGAAUCCUACCGCUGAUUUUGGAGGAAGUGCUGGCAGCUCGUAAGCAGGCAAAGCGAGACAUGAAUGCCGCCACGGACCCGAUGGAAAUAGCCGUGCAGAAUGGUCGACAACUUGCACUGAAGGUCAGUGCCAACUCUGUCUACGGUUUUACAGGCGCAAUAGUUGGCCAGAUGCCGUGUAUCCCCAUCGCGUCCAGUACGACCGCUUAUGGUCGUCAGCUGCUGUUCCGAACGCGAGAAGAAGUUGAGCGUGAGUAUACAAUUGCAAAUGGCUACAAGGCGGACGCUCAAGUGGUGUACGGGGAUACGGACUCCGUCAUGAUCAAGUUCGGCGUCGACACAGUGGAGGAAGCCAUGCCGCUUGCUGAAGAGGCUGCCAAGCGUGUGUCUGACAUUUUCCCCAACCCAAUCAAGCUUGAAUUCGAAAAGGUAUACUUCCCAUACCUGCUGAUGAACAAGAAGCGAUACGCUGGUUUGCUCUGGACGAAGCCUGAGACGUACGACAAGCUGGACUCAAAGGGUCUGGAGACUGUGCGUCGUGAUAACUGCUUGCUGGUGCGACGUAUGGUGGACACUGUGCUGCGCAAGAUCCUCAUCAAUCGUGACGUACCAAGUGCCAUCUCAUACACGAAGAAUAUUAUCUCGGAUCUCCUGCAGAACCGCAUUGAUAUCUCGCUGUUGGUGAUCACAAAAGGCUUAAAAAAGACGGUGGAUCAGGAUGACUAUAAGGUGAAGCAAGCUCACACGGAGUUAGCGGAACGUAUGCGCAAGCGUGACCCAGGGUCGGCUCCAGCACUGGGUGAGCGUAUCGCUUACGUGAUUAUCGACAAGGGUAAAGCCACUCCGCUGUAUGAGAAGGCUGAGGACCCAGUGUAUGCACUGGAGAACAAUAUCCCCAUCGAUUGCGACUACUACAUGAAGCAGCAGCUGCAGAACCCGCUCGAGCGUAUCUUUGAGCCCAUUAUCGGUUUGAGCAAGGUCAAGUCCGAUCUCCUCAACGGUGCCCACACCCUCAAACGUUCCAAGCCUGUGCUAAAGCAGAACAGCGGUGGCAUGAUGAAUUUCGCAGUCAAGAAACUCAAGUGUCUGGGCUGCAAGGCCCCGCUGAAUGGGAAGGGCGCUCUUUGCCGCAGUUGCGUUGAGCGCGAGGCGGAGGUUUACUCGCGCCAACUCCUGUCGGUCAACGAGCUGGAGCACAUGUUUGCGCGGCUGUGGACCCAGUGCCAGAACUGUCAGGGCAGCCUGCACCAAGAUGUCUUGUGCUCCAGUCGCGAUUGCCCGAUCUUCUACAAACGUAUUAAGGUGCAGAAAGACCUCGGAGAAGCCCAGGCGUCAUUGGAGCGAUUCCAAUCUGUGGACUGCACCAAAAACGUUCUGGCCGCAAGAUCUGGAAAUAGAAUUCGUUCUCAUUCGACCCAUCCCCUCGCAAGCUUCGUCCUGAACUUCUUUUUCAUUCUGCAAGUUGCCUCGGCUCACUCAGUGCAUAUGGCGACACCCACGCUGCGCCACGACCAGCUCCAUCCCACGCUGCGCUUCCCACCGCCAGCCCUAAUCGACUUUGCUACGACACGACCUGCGCCGCAGUGGUCGGCGACGAACGAUCACCUGCGAGCAGAUUCCGUAUCCAGAUUUAGAAGAGCUACCGAUCUUGACCACUACCCCGUGUUGCCCAAGAUCGCGUCGCUCCUAAAGUGCAGCAGUAGCAACGUAGAGCUUCGGAAUUUGCCGCCUCCAGUCGAGAAAGAGACGAUGAAAAAUCACAAGAGGACAGAAACAGCAGAAGGAGGGAGACCCCCGAGGAUCUACGAAUCGAUUGCAGCCAGGUCCCCUCGCAGCAUCUUGGGAGCCGACAACCGAGCACGAUGUGUCUCUCCUUCCGGUCUCGACUGGUAUCACCAGAUCUGCCCAGAGUUCGGAGUCGCACUUGUCGCUGUCAGUACACCUGCCAUCGUUUCGACAGCGCCGCUCUCCACGCCAGCAGUGCGCCGAGUGCGCGACGAUCCCACAGAGCGUCUUAUCUAUUACCAGCACAAACUUCACAUUCCAGCCGAGAUUCCGGUGAUCCAUGAGACGCUCUUAAGUAUCCCGAGGAAGCAGGCAAGAGCGACCAGACCCCAACGUCAAUGGUCUCCCUCACACACGCAUCCCGUUCACUAUGAGCGACAUGACGAGGAGAUCGACCCGAGUAGUCGGAAACGACGUCGCUUGAUGACCUCCCCGACACCAACAUUUCCUUCUCGUAAACCUCUCUACGAGUCUGAGUACGGGCUUACUAUACUGGAAACAUCCAAGCCACUCAUGCGAUCACGAUACCCUCCCAGCCUAGAAUCUGUUGUACAGGAAGGAGAUGGCCUCGUCUCUCGACGGUGCUACGCCCGGACCGACUCGAAUCAUUUUCAGAAAGCCAAGCUGUCGUCCCCUAUGGACUACAGCGAGAGUGAGAGGAGAUUUAGAACGAAUGAUGUUACUGAGGCCAGCACACCCCGCGUUCAAACCAUCGUGGAAAAGUGCGAGUCAACUUCGUUGGCGACGUUGGUGCUGAAAUCCAAGGAGUUUCUCCAGUCCAAGAACCUCGUGCGCAAUCGCCACGAUGAGAUCGAUUGGGUUGCAACGUUUCUAAACGUUGGUUUUGACUCGUCGAGUAUCUACGCUCUCAUGUGUCCGCUACGCAGAGGACGUUGGAAAUCCGAGGAAGAAAACUACACGAUGGGGUUGCUUCGUCUCAUUGAGAACGGUACAAUUCUCCUGCGUCACGGCCAGAGUAUUCGAGGUUUCAUUGGCGAGAAGCUGCACAGCGACGAUAUGCGAGUGCUCAAGAAAUUGAGUAACUGCAAGAUGUUCCACUUCGCUAAGCUCAUCAACCCGAGACUUGCAGAGGAGGAGAGGCUGGACAUGAAUGUGGAAGAUGCUCAGGCCAAGCUGGAGCAACUAGACCAACUCAAGGACGAGUUCUUACGCUCGGUGCAGCUAGAGGCGCUCGUUGCUGUGCGCAAACAUCUCAGCGACAACUCCCUGCGCGAGCUACUUAACGUGCGUGCCUAA